AUGCCGAAGAAGAAGAAGUCUGUGCGGCCCUCUUGGCCUCCCAUUCCCUCGAAGUUCUUCCGUGUGCUAGCUGUUUCCUCUGCUCCGGGUUCCUCUGUUUCCUCUGUUCCAGAUUCCGUUCUUUCUUGCGUUGGCGCUGAUGCGUCUUCUACUUUGGUUGAGAUGAAUCGAGUGCGUCCUUCAUCUCCUAAGGUUCUGGGUUCAAUGCUUGAGCUAUGUCAGGAUAUUGUUCCUCUUACUUCAUUUGAUUUGGUUGAGGUUUUGGACAAAUCUGUCAAACUUCCCGAAGCGAGAAUCUCCUCAGAAAUCGCUGUUCCGGUGUCCGAGAACUCCUCCAUCGGGACAGUUGAACUCGAGCAAGGGUGUGAAAUUACCUCUGCUACAGCUCCGGAGUUAGAGAUUUCGUCCUCCGUGCCUGUAGAUACACUGAUAAAUUCUUCGUUUGAUAGGAUCACUAAUCCAAGUCCCACUUCCUCUAAGGGUCCAUUAUGGAUGACACCUUCAACCUUCUUAGAAGAUGGAACCCCCAUGGUUGUAGCUCCGGCUUCUGUCCUGUUAAAAACUGCUGAGAUGUCGUUAUGGGAGCAUUACGGUUCGUCUGUUCUCGAAGACGGCGGCGUUGAUUUUCAUUCCUUCUCCAAAUACUCGCCAAUGGGUGAGAGUCCUCUAGAGCCUCAAGAGUUACAGACAGCCCAGACAUGGGCCAUUCUAAAAAAUGUCCCUCCCCAGUUAUACUCCUUAGAAGGAAUCAGCGUGAUUGCGAGCGGCAUUGGCGAGCCUCUUCAUACAGAAAAAUCAAGACUCGGUCCUGUCAAUAUAGGAAGAACAAAGGUUAAGGUGGUUACUAAUUUAGGAACUCCUUUGCCAGACUCAAUUGUGGUCCGUGAUGUUCAGGGUAAUACUGCCCGUGUUGCAGUGACGUAUCCUCGACCUCCUCCUAAGUGUUUGAAUUGUGGCAGAUAUGGACACUUGUUGAGCAGAUGUUCAAAGCCUCUUAUGAAGAAGCUUCCCUUCAAAAAGGAUCUCCCUUCUGGUUCUAAGGAAGUUCAGAUCCUAGUUAUUUCUUUACCUACUUCUCAGGAAGCUCAGAGAGGCAUCAUGUUAGAGUCCUCGAUUGAGGACCAGAAAACUACUACUACCCAAGCAAAAUCAAAAUGCAGAAGAUCUCGAUCUAAGAAGCGCUCUGCUAGUUUGCCUUCUGCUUCCAUCGGACCGUUGGAGAUCCAAAAAGGGGUAAAGGAAGGUAAAAGUGACAGAUUAGCUGCUGUGGCCAAGCCGAAAUGGAUUGUCAAGGCUGAUGUGAAGAGGCCAGGGACGGCUUCUCAGCCAACUCUGUCUUCACCUACUAUCAUUGAUGCUUCUUGCGAGCUUUAG